UAAAUAUCAGCCCUUGGCAAUUGCUCGCUUUUUCCCCUCUUCUUUCCCCCUCAAGCCCUGUGGCCGCCUCCGAUCUCCAUCUCUUCCGAGCGAUCUGUCGAGAGAGACAGAGAGUCGCCCCUUCCUCCUUUCGAGAUCGGUCUUGAGUAUGGACGGGCCCAGGGAGGCAAGCUCUUCGGUGGAGAUCGACGACCUUAGCCUAUCACGGCUCCUCAACAAGCCGAAGCUCAACAUUGAGCGGCAGAGAUCGUUCGAUGAGAGGUCCUUGAGCGAGCUCUCGAUCAAUGUCAGAGCCCUCGAGGGCUAUGACAGUAUAUAUUCGCCUGCAGGGUAUAGGUCUGGAUUUGACACGCCUUCGACCGCUCGGAACUCCUUCGAGCCGCAUCCGAUGGUUGCCGAGGCAUGGGAUUCGCUCCGGAGAUCGUUGGUGCACUUCAGAGGGCAACCGGUGGGGACGAUCGCUGCCAAUGAUCACGGGUCGGAGGAGAUCCUCAACUAUGAUCAGGUGUUUGUUCGUGAUUUUGUACCGAGUGCACUCGCUUUUUUAAUGAAUGGGGAACCGGAGAUAGUUAAAAACUUUCUCCUGAAAACCCUCCAUCUUCAAGGGUGGGAAAAGAAGAUAGACCGUUUCACGCUUGGUGAAGGUGUCAUGCCAGCGAGCUUCAAAGUGCUCCAUGAUGCUGGUCGAAAAACAGAUACACUGAUUGCAGAUUUUGGUGAAAGCGCAAUUGGAAGAGUUGCACCUGUUGACUCUGGGUUCUGGUGGAUUAUACUUCUCCGUGCCUAUACAAAGUCAACUGGAGACUUAUCUCUUGCAGAAACACAUGAAUGCCAAAAGGGAAUGCGGCUUAUAUUAGCUUUAUGCCUAUCAGAAGGUUUUGACACAUUUCCGACGCUCCUAUGUGCUGAUGGUUGUUCAAUGAUUGAUCGACGAAUGGGUAUAUAUGGUUAUCCUAUCGAAAUUCAGGCACUUUUCUUUAUGGCUUUGAGGUGUGCUCUGCCAAUGCUUAAACAUGAUGCGGAAGGGAAGGAAUUUGUAGAAAGAAUCGUGAAACGUUUGCAUGCACUAAGUUACCACAUGAGAAGUUACUUUUGGCUUGAUUUUCAGCAAUUAAAUGACAUAUAUCGCUAUAAAACAGAGGAGUAUUCUCACACAGCUGUCAACAAGUUCAAUGUGAUCCCAGACUCAAUUCCAGAUUGGGUGUUUGAUUUCAUGCCUACGCGAGGAGGUUAUUUUAUUGGGAAUGUCAGUCCAGCAAGGAUGGACUUCCGCUGGUUCGCAUUGGGAAACCUUGUCGCCAUUUUGUCAUCUCUUGCUACCCCGGAGCAGUCUAUGGCUAUUAUGGAUCUCAUCGAAGAGCGUUGGGAGGAACUGGUUGGAGAAAUGCCUUUAAAAAUAACAUAUCCUGCCAUUGAGAACCAUGAGUGGCGAAUCGUCACCGGUUGUGAUCCUAAGAAUACAAGAUGGAGCUACCACAAUGGAGGAUCUUGGCCAGUGCUUCUUUGGCUGCUCACUGCAGCCUGUAUCAAGACUGGUCGACCGCAGAUUGCCCGUCGAGCGAUUGAGCUUGCGGAGAACCGGCUCUUGAAAGACGGCUGGCCGGAAUACUACGAUGGCAAGCUGGGGAGGUACAUAGGAAAACAGGCAAGGAAGUUCCAGACAUGGUCGAUUGCAGGUUAUUUGGUGGCUAAGAUGAUGCUGGAAGAUCCAUCACAUCUGGGGAUGGUCUCUCUUGAAGAGGACAAGGCGAUGAAGCCUCUAAUCAAGAGAUCAAACUCAUGGACUUGUUAAGAAUCUUUACAGAGAAGAAUUAUGUUGUAAGAACAUUUCUCAUUCUUUUCUGCAGCAUUCGGUUAUCACCUGCUCGGUUCAUAUCAGCUCAUAUGUUGUCUUGAAAAUACUAUCAUAAAGAGCUCGACUUCCCCAAGAAAUUGCUGACACAAAAUAUUAUGGUUACCAGUAAAUGGAGUUGACAUGAAUCAUUAUUUUUCCUAA